CACCCAUCCCAUCAUACUGGUUAAAGAGAGCAAUUUUGUGCUUGCAGUCUUACGUUGUGAUUAAAUUGCUUCUAAGGCUUGACCGCUUGAAUUCUCUGAACAUUUGGUUAAUGUUGAAAAGAAUAUAAUGCUUUAUUAUUUCACGUAAUCUCAACAUAAUCUAGUGUAGGUAUGGGCAGCGAUGUCAAUGGUGGGCGUGAAGUUGUGUUGCAGAUUCUUCUGGGUGUUCUUGUUCUACUAUGUGAGGGUUCACAAGGAGAAAUGGACGUUUCAUCAGUAAACAUAGGUGCUAUAAUGGCGUUGGACACAACUAGUGGCAAAAUAGCGAGGACUGCUAUUGAAUUAGCAGUUGCAGACGUAAACAGAAACACCAGCGUUCUGAAUGGCACGCUCCUCAACAUUGAUAUCCGAGACUCCACACAAAAUGCACUUACGGGCGCUUCUGCAACGUUAGAAAUGCUAAGGAGAGGAUGUGUAAGCAUAGUCGGUCCACAAACAUCGGUUGUGGCUGAGUUUGUGGCGCAUUUGGGCUCUGCAGCGCAUGUUCCAAUUGUAACAUUUGGUGCAACAAAUCCCUCUCUGUCAAUGCAUCGAUACCCUUACUUCAUUCGUAUGUUGCCCAGUGAUACAACACAAAUGACAGCAAUAGCAGAGCUAAUAAAAAAAUAUAGGUGGAGGGAUGUGGUGCUUGUGUAUGCAGAUGACGAUUUGGGGACAGGGGCGAUCCCCGCCUUAAACGAUGCCUUAACUGCUGUUCAGGGAAGAAUUGUUUACAAGGCCGCAGUGCCUCCCCAGGCCGACGCUUCCGUCAUGCAAAAGGUUAUUGAGGAUCAGCUUAUGAGGCUGGAGACCCGAGUAUUCAUUGUGCAUAUGCAUCCUGAUUCGGCUCUAAUCCUGUUCUCCGAGGCGUACAAAUUGGGAGUUAUAAGCAGUGAGUAUGUGUGGAUCAUUACAGACGGAUUUGCCGGCCUACUGAACUCCUUUAACGCUUCUUCUCUCCAGUCUAUGAAUGGUGUUUUGGGGGUGAAAAGAAAAAUCUCAGAAGUCAAUCAGACAAGGCUAAAAGAAUUCUCUGCAAGAUGGAAAGACAGGUUUAGAUCCCAGAAUCCUGCACUACAAAGUGUGGAAUUAAAUUUCCACGCGCUUGUUGCAUAUGAUACAGUAUGGGCAAUUGCUAAAGCAAUCGAUUAUCUCCUGCGUAUGGAACUGUUUAAUGGUAAUUUCUCGGUUGCUUCUACCAGCACCAAGUUUUUGAAUUUCCCGGGUUUUGAAGGUGGAAAACAAUUGCGUCAACAGAUUCUUUACACAGACUUUGUCGGCCUCAGCGGCCCUGUUCGUUUAAGUCACAAAAAGGGAGAACCCUUGGAGCCUUCAUAUGAUAUAGUCAAUGUGGUAGAAAAUGGGUAUAAGGUAAUUGGAUCGUGGUCAAAUGCAGAAGGCCUGUUAGUUUCGUUGAAACAAGUAGUUAAUUGGGGGGAUGGAUCAAAAGAGGUGCCUCGUGGGUGGGUGAUACCUGCACCAGGCAAGAUACUGAGAAUAGGCGUGCCCUGGGAGCGAGGAUUUACAGAAUUCAUUAGUGUAAAACCAGUUCAUCCCAACGCAAGUGCCCAAAACCAGAAUUAUACGAUUACAGGCUUCUCUAUUGAUGUGUUUAAUGAGGUGCUUAGGAGAUUGGAUUAUGAAUUGCCUCAUGUGUUCAUACCUUAUGGAUCUGGCAACAUCACUGCGGGCUACUACGAUGACCUCGUCUAUCAGAUUUAUCUCCAGAAAUUCGAUGCGAUUGUGGGAGAUGUGGCGGUGAUUGCGAAUCGAAGCAAGUAUGUGGAUUUCACACAACCGUAUACGGAGACGGGACUGGUUAUGGCGGUGGCAAACAUAGACGAGGGAUCAAGUGAUCCAUUGGCGUUCCUUCACCCCUUUAGCCCAGCCAUGUGGAUAACUACUCUUGUAUUUUUCCUCUUCACGGGAGCUAUAAUUUGGCUUCUGGAGCACAGACGAAAUAGGCAAUUCAGGGGAAAUCCUCGGAAACAACUCGUGACAUUCAUCUGGUUUUCCUUUUCAACGCUCUUCAUGACUCAAUCGGAGAGGAUUGUAAGCGGUCUGGGCAGAGCAGUGGUGAUAAUUUGGUGUUUCGUAGUUUUCGUGCUAGUGUCUAGUUACACUGCCAGCCUAUCGUCGAUGUUUACUCAGAGAGAAAUCGUACCAGAGAUUCAGAGCGUUGAGUUUCUCAUCAAUAAGAAUUUGCCAAUCGGGUAUCGGCAGGGCUCUUUCAUAGGCGAUUAUUUGGAACAACAGCUGAAUGUGAAUAGAAGUGUGCUUCGCCCAUACUCAUCUGUACAAGAGUACGCCACUGCACUUUCGAAGGGACCCAAUAAUGGAGGUGUUGCCGCCAUAUUUGACGAGCAAAGUGUUGCCCAAAACUUAUUUCUUUCAACAGGAUGCAAUGACUAUACAAAAGUUGGUCCUACUUACAGAACUGGAGGCUUCGCAUUCGUGUUUCCGAAGGGGUCUCUUCUAGUUUCAGACAUUUCCAAGGCUAUACUGAAUCUUUCAGAAAGCAAAGAGAUGCAGGAUAUAAGGAAUAAGUGGUUCAAUACAAAUAAGAGCAAAUGCAAUGCGGAGCAUGGAGGAGUGAAAUCAAGCAGCUUGAACCUCAACAACUUUUGGGGUUUAUUUCUGUUGACAGGAUCUGUGUCCUUUCUCACGCUCACGUACUAUUUUGGUCGCCUACUUUACCGAUUUGGGCACAGAAAGGAUAAUCCAUCUCAUAAAAAAUCCUUCUCUACACGAUUGCGAACUUUUGCCAUUUACGCAGACCAGAAGGACAUCCCACCACCAAAAAGAAAGAGAUAUGAGAUUGGGCCAUCUGAAACCACCGCUUCUCUUCCCUGCGAAAUCACUGCUUCAUGAACAGAUAUAAUCUGAAGUUCAGGAUUGUGGAAUUUGCUUACUAAAACUAUCUUCGCCUUGUAAAUGUACAUGGACUGAUUCUGCCUUGACACAGAUAAUGGUUAAACUUAGAACGACGCCAGAUUAAAUCAAUAAACUUGUUUUAAAUAUAUGAGGAUGAAUUCCUCAGUAAAUUAAUAAACUUGUUUAAAAUAUAUGUAGAUCAAUUCUGCAGUGACCACAAACAGUGGGUAGAUAGACAUUCAUUAUAUAAUUAUAUCUGAACAGACUUGUACACAUUCUUGGAUAUUUUAUUUUUCCCUCAUGAGUUGCUCGAACCAAUUCGACCUUAGACAUUAGCGACAACACAAAGUUGUACAACGAUUCCUAACUUUUGUCGGCUGGUUUCAUUUAUGUAUUAGGGAUGGCCACAACAUUAUAUAAUGAUUAAUAGUUAUUCCACAAUUUGUUAUUA